AUGUCGUCCGAGCCAGGAUACUAUGACUCUGGGUCUCCGGCCUCUCCACAAUCAGACUCGGGAUAUGCUACAUUAAAUUCAAGCUAUAACUCGAGCACCGUCAAUUCGAGUUAUGCAUCGCCCACCUUUUCCAAUGAGCCUGAAGGCCCAUUUGGCUCCGACAGGAGGAGUGAAGCAGGUUUACAACAUGGAGUCACCACUCCUAGCCGUGCCGGAAGUAUCAGGGGUGUCGCCAGUCGUCCUGCUUCUGCCGAUAGGGUAAAGGUGGACGAGGAAACCAGAUAUCGCGCGCUCGGCAGGCAUCUCUAUACCAAGGCAUGCUCGAUGCGUUGGAUGGAGCCCGGUGUCCCACAAUCACUUGCAAGAUCCGGCGUCUUGAUCAGGAGAACGAACGGUGAUUACGUAGUCGAGCCCAGGAAUAUCGAUCAAAGGCUCCUUGCUGCGGUGCAGAGGAUCAAUCCAGGAGUUGCUUUGACCAUAUCCACCGACGGCAUCGAUGCGGUAUUCGACAUGUUAGGGGAGGCCGAGCGCUUCACAUUCAGCAACGGCUCGCAUAUACAGACCGUCGAGUCCUUGGAUGCAAUCGCUCACUCGGUAUCUGUCAAAAAGUUCCAGUAUGCAGCGCUCGUGCGUCAGGAACGGAUGGUGUUGGUCUGGCAUGACGAUCUUGGUGCGAUUCUAUCGCAGGCCAUUGACAUUGAGGCCAGGAUCUCUGGACUUACAUCGGGCUCAGCAGAAAGUCCAUUCGGUGAGUGUGACAGUGGCUUGGAACCUUACGCAUCUUCCAUCCACGCAGACUCGACGGCGGGCUUGUCGAUAGGAAAGGAAAAGGAUGCCGAGAUCUACGUUGAGGAGAUGGACGACGACAUGGACUACAACAUGAACACGGUCAACUUUGGUCCUGAUGAAUCGCUUUCUCGUCCGGCGAUCUUCACAAGUGCCAUCUACGUCACUCUGGGUGUCGUCCUUAUGAGCAUCCUCGUCUUCGGCUUCGGUAACCGCGCCCUCCUUAUCCAGGUCAAGGUCGACCACUUUUAUCCCCGCCUGGUCCUCAUCCUCUCCGAGCCUUUCUUCUUCUGCCUCGGUCUUUUCUUCGCCAUCGUCAUCUUCAACAACUGUUUCCAACUUUGUGGACCCAUGACGGAGCUCAAGAUGAACAGUCGCUUCUACUCAGCGAUCAAGCCACACUUGGCCCAAGCUCGAGCUCUCGGGUUCACUCCGCCUCCAAUCACUAUACAGAUGCCUAUCUUUACCGAGUCGCUCGAAGUAGUCAUUAAGCCAACAGUGGCUUCCUUGCAAGCGGCCAUAUCCUAUUACGAGUCACGAGGCGGCACAGCUCGUAUCUUCAUCAACGAUGAUGGUAUGUCCCUCCGCUCCGAAGUGGACAAUGUACUGUUCAAGGAAUUUUACAUCAACAACAACAUCGGUUGGGUGGCCCGUCCCAAGCACAACUUCAAUGGUUUCAUCCGUGGGGGAAAGUUCAAGAAGGCGUCUAACAUGAACUAUGCUCUCAAUGUUUCCGUUCGCGUGGAACAGGCUAUGCAGAGGUCCAUCGAUGACCUGUGCGAGAAGGGCCUCGAGAACCUUGCUGUGGACCAGGAGUCGGAGAUAUACGAGGAUGCGUUGAGGCAGGUUCUCGAAGCUGAUCCUCGCGCCAAAGCCGGCGGCGAUAUACGCAUAGGAGACAUCAUUCUGCUCGUCGACUCCGACACAAUUGUUCCGGAGGACUGCUUGAUGUAUGGUGCGGCCGAGAUGUUCCUCUCUCCUGAGGUUGCGAUCGUCCAGCACAGCACGGGUGUGAUGCAGGUUUCGUGGGAUUGGUUUGAGAACGGUCUUGCCUACUUCACAAACCUUGUCUACACUACCAUCCGUUUCGCGGUCGGAAGUGGCGAGACGGCUCCCUUCGUCGGCCACAACGCCUUCAUUCGCUGGCGGGCAGUACAAGAUGUCGCUGAACCCACGAAUGACGAGGGCUAUGUUCGAUUCUGGUCCGAGAGUCAUGUUUCCGAGGACUUCGAUAUGGCGCUUCGCCUGCAGAUUAAGGGAAACACCAUCCGUCUUGCCAACUACCACAACGGCGGGUUUAAGGAGGGCAUCUCGCUGUCCAUUUUUGAUGAACUCGAUCGUUGGGAGAAGUAUGCUUACGGGUGUAGUGAGCUGGUCUUCAACCCUAUACACACCUGGCUUUUGAAGGGCCCCUUCACCCCGCUCUUCCGCAAGUUCCUAGGUGCAGAUCUGCAGCCCUCGUCCAAGAUGACCAUCGUCGGUUACAUCUCAUCUUACUACGCUCUCGCGUCUGCUGUCCCUCUUGGACUUCUCAACUACUUCUUGAUCGGCUGGUUCAAUGGACGACUUGACCGGUUUUAUGUCGAAUCCUUUCAGAUCUUCGUCGCACUACUUGUAGUCUUCAACCUCAUUUCCAACAUCUGUCUUGCUGCCAUGCGUUACCGUCUUGGAGAAAUGGGCCUGUUGGCCUCUCUCUGGGAGAAUUUCAAGUGGAUGCCGUUUUUCAUGGUCUUCUUUGGGGGUGUCUCCUUCCACCUCCUACUCGCCAUCUGCGCACAUAUGCUCGGCAUCGACAAGACCUGGGGCGCCACCGGCAAGGAAAAGGUCAACUCCAGCUUCUUCGAAGAGGUCCCGAAGAUCUGGAGACGGUUCAAAUGGAUGUAUGCUUUGAUGCUCUCAAUUCUGGGCGCCAUGAUCUUCUUCGGCUGCUUCGCACCCCGUGGGUGGGACAUCAAGGGUAUAACGAGUUGUGUACCCAUGGCUGUCUCCUUGGCUAUGCAUUUGCUCUUGCCUCUUGCCUUGAAUCCUUCGCUUCUGGGGUUCAACUACUAA